AUGGCUGCGGCCGCUCAAACGUCUGAAAUUCGUACUUUUAUCAAAGGAAAUGCCACCAAAUACGUCAAACUGAACGUUGGAGGUACUCUUUUUACUACAACUAUUGCCACACUGACGAAACAUGACAGUAUGCUCAGAGCCAUGUUCAGUGGCAGGCUUGAGGUCCUUACAGAUUCAGAAGGCUGGGUCCUGAUUGACAGAUGUGGCAAGCACUUUGGCACCAUACUUUCCUUUUUAAGGGAUGGCACUGUUCCUUUACCUGAAACUAAGAGGGAAUUAAUGGAACUUCUGAAGGAGGCAAAAUAUUAUUUGAUUCAAGAUUUAGUGAAUAUUAUCGAGACACAAUUGAAACCGCCAUUGAAAACUUCCCAAGAGUUGGAGCCAUUUUGUAGAGUGCCGCUGAUAACCUCACUGAAGGAAGAGCAAGCAUUGAUAGCAUCAACUGCAAAGCCUAUUAUAAAACUCCUUUGUAACAGACACAACAACAAGUAUUCUUACACAAGCAACUCAGAUGAUAACAUUUUAAAGAAUGUAGAACUCUUUGACAAACUUUCAUUACGUUUCGGUCAGCGCAUCCUUUUCAUCAAAGAUGUCAUAGGCUGUCAAGAAAUUUGUUGCUGGUCAUUCUUUGGUCAUUCAACCAAAAUUGCAGAAGUUUGCUGUACGUCCAUUGUUUAUGGUACUGAUAAGAAACAUACCAAGGUGGAGUUCCCAGAGGCACGCAUAUAUGAAGAAACUUUGAAUAUUCUGCUGUAUGAGAACAGGGAUUCUCGACCGGAUGCCGAGCUCAUCCAAGCCACCAAGACCCAUCCAAAGAUCAUGGAUAGCGAUGAUGACUUGGAUGAAAGGUUGGAAAGAGGGGAUAGGCCAUCCACAACAAAAAGAAAGUGA